GCGCGCGCCCCGCCAGUCCCCCGGGGGCCCCGCGAGGUUGCAAGGAUGACCGAAGGGGCGGAGGCGGCGGCCGCGCGUUGAGCGGAACCUGCAGAAGCCCUCGCUAUGGGGCUGCGCGCGCCCUCGCCCCUUGCCUCUCUGCCGCUAAGGUGGCUGCUAGCCUGUGGCCUGCUGGGCCCGGUCCUCGAUGCCGGGCGGCCAGCCUUUCAGCAGACAAAGCAUCUUUCUUCUUAUGAAGUUAUAACGCCUUGGAGAUUAACUAGAGAAAGAAGGGAAGCCCUGAGGCCCAGCUCAAAGCAGGUGUCUUAUGUCAUAGAGGCUCAAGGAAAACAGCAUAUUAUUCAUUUGGAAAGAAACAUAGACCUUUUACCUCACGACUUUGUAGUCUAUACCUAUGACGAGGAAGGCGCUCUGCUCUCUGACCGUCCCAGCGUACAGAAUCAUUGUCAUUACCGGGGCUACGUGGAGGGAGUGCACAAUUCAGCCGUUGCUGUGAGUGUCUGCUCUGGACUCAGAGGAUUGCUGCAUUUUGAGAAUGCCAGUUUUGGAAUUGAACCUCUGCACAACAGCUCUAACUUUGAGCACAUAUUUUACCCAAUGGAUGAUGUCCACCAGGAGCCUUUGAGAUGUGGAGUUUCUAACAGGGACACAGAGAAGGAGGCCAUAAAGGAGGACUGGCAAGAAUACCCAAGUGUGACUCAGCUGCUGCGUAGAAGAAGAGCCGUGCUUCCGCAGACCCGCUAUGUGGAGCUGUUCAUUGUUGUAGACAAGGAAAGGUAUGACAUGAUGGGGAAAAACCAGACUGCUGUGAGAGAAGAGAUGAUCCGCCUAGCAAACUAUCUGGAUAGUAUGUAUAUCAUGCUAAACAUUCGAAUUGUUCUAGUUGGACUAGAAAUUUGGACAGAUAGAAACCCAAUCAAUAUAAUUGGAGGUGCUGGUGAUGUGUUGGGCAACUUUGUACAGUGGCGGGAAAAGUUUCUUAUAACGCGUCGGAGACAUGACAGUGCACAGUUGGUUUUGAAGAAAGGCUUUGGUGGGACUGCAGGAAUGGCAUUUGUAGGAACAGUAUGUUCAAGAAGCCACGCUGGUGGGAUUAAUGUGUUUGGGCAAAUCACGGUGGAGACGUUUGCAUCCAUUGUUGCUCACGAGUUGGGUCACAACCUUGGAAUGAAUCACGAUGAUGGGAGAGAGUGUUUCUGUGGAUCCAAGAGCUGCAUUAUGAAUUCUGGGGCAUCAGGUUCCCGAAACUUCAGCAGUUGCAGUGCGGAGGACUUUGAGAAGUUAACUUUAAAUAAGGGAGGAAGCUGCCUUCUCAAUGUCCCGAAGCCUGAUGAAGCUUACAGUGCGCCCUUUUGUGGUAACAAGCUGGUGGACCCCGGGGAAGAGUGUGACUGUGGCACACCCAAGGAAUGUGAGUUGGACCCGUGCUGUGAAGGAAGCACUUGUAAGCUCAAGUCAUUUGCUGAAUGUGCAUAUGGCGACUGUUGUAAAGAUUGCCAGUUCCUCCCAGGAGGCUCUAUGUGCAGAGGAAAGAACAAUGAGUGUGAUGUCCCCGAGUACUGCAAUGGCUCCUCUCAGUUCUGUCCAGCAGACGUCUUCAUCCAGAAUGGAUACCCUUGCCAGAAUAACAAAGCCUACUGUUACAAUGGCAUGUGCCAGUAUUACGACGCGCAGUGUCAGGUCAUCUUUGGCUCAAAAGCCAAGGCUGCCCCAAGAGAUUGCUUCAUUGAAGUGAAUUCGAAAGGUGACAGAUUUGGCAACUGUGGUUUCUCUGGCAGUGAGUACAAGAAGUGUGCCACUGGGAAUGCCUUGUGUGGGAAACUGCAGUGUGAGAACGUACAGGACAUGCCAGUGUUUGGAAUAGUGCCAGCCAUCAUUCAGACGCCUAGCCGAGGCACCAAAUGUUGGGGUGUGGACUUCCAGCUUGGUUCAGAUGUUCCAGAUCCAGGGAUGGUGAAUGAAGGCACAAAAUGUGAUGCUGGAAAGAUUUGUAGAAAUUUCCAGUGUGUAAAUGCUUCUGUCCUGAAUUAUGACUGUGACAUUCAGAAAAAAUGUCAUGGCCAUGGGGUGUGCAAUAGCAAUAAGAAUUGUCACUGUGAAAAUGGCUGGGCUCCCCCGUAUUGUGAGACUAAGGGAUACGGAGGAAGUGUGGACAGCGGGCCCACGUACAAUGCAAAGAGCACAGCACUGAGGGAUGGACUCCUGGUGUUGUUCUUCUUAGUCAUCCCCCUGGUUGCAGUUGCCAUCUUCCUCUUCCUCAGGAGAAAUGAACUACGGAAAACCUUCUUCAGAAAGAAGAGAUCGCAAGCAUCAGAUGGCAGAAAUCAAGCAAGCAUGAUUCGACAACCUGGGGGUCCAAACGUCUCUAGACAGCCUGGGGGUCCAAGUGUCCCUCGACAGCCAGGUCGCCCUCAGCAUGUCCCCCCAGUUGCUCCAUCUAGAGAAGCUCCUGUGAAUGCAAACAGAUUUCCAGUACCAACCUAUGCAGCCAAGCAGCCUCCGCAGUUUCCAUCAAGGCCGCCUCCACCACAGCCAAAAAUAUCAUCUCAGGGAAAUUUGGUUCCUGCUCGGCCGGCUCCUGCACCUCCAUUGUAUAGCUCCCUCACCUGAUGUGAGGUUCUUAUUUUUCAAACAUCUUCAGGGAACUGAGCAAAUGCUUUUUUUUUUUUUCCUGAUGUUUUCUUGAAAAGUCUUUCUCUUCCAACUAUGAAUGAAAACAAACUACCAGAAAACAAGCUUUAUUAACACAGACACACAGUUGGGGGCUGAGAAAUACGGAAUGUGCAGACACUCUAGGAGACUUAGAGUUAAAUUUAGAGUUAAAUUUCCAUCACUAAAACGUCCUCUUUGGUCAUUUGUGAGUCUAAUGUACUUAAUGUGGAUUAAGUUAUUUUGAACACACUAUUGAAAUGAUUCUCAAAUUAACUGUGUUGGUGUAAGAUUUGUCAUUAUGUGCUUAAAUGUAAUCCUGACUUUUCGACCUCAGUUGUCAUUAAUAGUUUCUGGUUGAACAUUUGAACAUGUAUUAACCUAGGAAAACUGACUAACUGCCAAUAAUGUCUAUGCUUUUAUCUUGCAUGGAUUAACAGCCAUUUACACAGACUCCUGUCUCUUACUCUCUCCACAAAUAAGCAGCUAUCCUGAAGAUUUCACAAAAACCACAAUUACUAGGUCAUGGCAUAAUUUGAAAGUAUGAAAUAUGGUGUGUAUUCAGUUAGUGGCUUCCAUUCUUAUGAUCUUUCGAGUAUAAGAACUAUGGUAGAAAUUGAUUUAACACUAAAUCAGUUCCUAGCUUCCAUUCUUUUAUGAUCUUUCAACUAUAAUGACUAUGGCAGUAAUUAAUUUAACACUAAAUUUUCUUUACACAUCAUGGUAAAGCAUUGCAGUAGUGUCGUUUUAAUUGAAGUGCACACUUUAUGGUACGGGGUAUUUAGGAGACCCAAGCAGUUGGUGUGGAUUGAUCAGAAGCAUGGAGAAUGCCUUCCGCCAGGUGAGCUGUUGUAAAACCACUUGAGAAUUCAUGAGCACUUUAACUCACAACUCUGAAUUUCAAAGCUUGAUAUUGAGUCAUUUAGAAUGUUUACAUUUGCUAAGAUGUGCUGGAUCUUGUCUCUUUUGACUAAUAUUUUCAUAAAAAUUAGGGUGGGGAAAGGAAGGAAGAAAUGAUUUCCUUAGAAAACUACAGAAAUUAUCAUGGCCUCUGUGAAUAACUGUCUCAGCUGUAUUAAAAUGAAUUUGUAUUUUGAAAGGAAUGAUAUUGACACUAAAAUUUUAAACACUUAAAGUUUUUCAUAAUCUUUCAUAAAGAAGUUUAAUAAUAGGUAUAUUAACUGAAUUUCAUUAGUUUUUUAAAAUAAUACUUUGGUUUGUGUAUAUAUACAUAGUAAAAUAAAAACAUUUACAACAAAUAAAAUACUUGAAGUUCA